AUGGCUAAGUUUGCUUUGGCCAAUGUCUUGAUCCUUCUUGUGAACUCGGGCACUUCGCUUACUUCACUUGCUUAUCCCGACUGCACUUCACCACCACCAUCUCUUCCACCACUAAAUCCUCCAGUGAUACCAAAACCACCAAUCAUGAAGCCACCACCACCAUCUCUUCCACCACUAAAUCCUCCAGUGAUACCAAAACCACCAAUCAUGAAGCCACCACCACCUGAAACACCAUGCCCUCCUCAUCUAUCACCACCAGAGCUAUGCCCACCACCACCACCUGAAACACCAUGCCCUCCUCAUCUAUCACCACCAGAGCUAUGCCCACCACCACCACCAAAGCAAGAGACGUGCCCCAUUAACACUCUCAAGUUAGGUGCAUGUGUGGAUGUAUUAGGUGGACUAGUCCACAUUCGUACUUGCAGUAGUGCCAAGGAUGAAUGCUGCCCAGUGCUUGAAGGUCUUGUAGACUUGGAUGCUGCUUCAUGUCUUUGCACCGUCAUCAAGGCUAAACUUCUCAACAUCAACCUUAUUAUACCCAUUGCUCUUGACGUCCUUGCUGACUGUGGCAAGACCCCACCUCCAGGGUUCAAGUGUCCUGCCUAA